CCCCUAGUUCCGGGUGGUUUGUGGCCCCGCCAUGGCCGCGGCCAGCCGGAACCGAGCUCGGGAUAAGUACUCGGUGCUGCUGCCCACCUACAACGAGCGCGAGAACCUGCCGCUCAUCGUCUGGCUGCUGUGGAAGCAACUUUGAAAUUAUAGUCAUAGAUGAUGGAAGCCCAGAUGGGACACGGGAAGUUGCUGAACAGUUGGAAAAGAUAUAUGGUUCAGAUAAAAUUGUAGUAACUGUAUCCUGGUCUGAGGAAACUCCAUUAUUGAAGGUCAAGAAGUUUAUAGCAAAUGGAUGCUGAUGAAUCUACUUUUGAUUUUCUAAAAUUGGCUGAGAAACAGAGGAGUUGAGAUUCCUACACAGAGUCGUACAAAGAUUUUUGGGGAAAAGAAAAGAGAAUGAAAUAACCACUCUAUAGAAGCUCUAAUGAUGACUAACUUUUUACAGAAGCUCUAUCCUUGUCCUCCUUUGGUUUUCACACUAAUGUUCAUGAUCUCACAGCUUCUAAGACCCAGAGCAAAAAAGCUGGGAUUGGGCACUGCGUAUAUUCAUGGAAUGCAGCAUGCCACAGGGAAUUUCAUUAUUAUUAUGGAUGCGGACCUCUCGCACCAUCCAAAAUUUAUUCCAGAGUUCAUCAGAAAGCAAAAAGAAGGUAACUUUGACAUUGUGUCUGGAACUCGAUAUAAAGGAAAUGGAGGUGUGUAUGGCUGGGAUUUGAAAAGAAAAAUAAUCAGUCGUGGUGCCAACUUUGUAACUCAAGUUUUGUUGAGACCAGGUGCAUCAGAUUUAACAGGAAGUUUCAGGUUAUACAGAAAGGAGGUCUUGCAGAAACUAAUGGAAAAAUGUGUUUCUAAAGGAUACGUCUUCCAGAUGGAGAUGAUUGUUCGAGCUAGACAGUUAGGAUACACUAUUGGAGAGGUUCCUAUAUCAUUUGUGGACCGUGUCUAUGGAGAAUCUAAACUGGGAGGCAAUGAAAUAGUGUCUUUCUUAAAAGGACUGUUAACUUUGUUUGCAACUACAUAAGAGCUUACCCUAAGUUAAUUCUUAUUUAAAAUGCAACAUUCUUAUGAGUUAAAUGUAAUUUUUAAAACAUAUUCAGUUGUACAAGCUUGCUGCUUUGCCUAGUUACCAGGAGACCAAUCACCUAUUUGUGAUUAAGUGAACCAACAAUAAUAAAGCAAAUAAACUGUAUCACCAGAAUAUUAUUUUCAAAUUAAAUGAACUAGUGUAUUUAUGAACAAUGUAUACUAACAAAAACCCAUGCAGUACUGUUUUUUGUAUGAAUAAUGAAGUGUUAAUAAAUUAGACCACACUUCAGUUCUGGGCUAUA